GCACCUGGUUUCAGUGGUCCUAAAGGUGAUCGUGGUAUGACUGGCCCACCUGGCGCUCCUGGUUUGAAUGGUCUUCCCGGCAUGAAGGGUGAUAUGGGUCCCAGAGGUGAUGUGGGUGCUCCUGGUUUGACAAUUAAGGGCGAAAAGGGUUUGCCUGGCCGUACUGGUAAAAAUGGACGUGAAGGUGCUCCUGGUCCUGCUGGUCUUAAGGGUGACAAAGGUUUGCCUGGUCUUCCAGGUACUCCUGGUGCCAUGGGUCCUCCUGGUGUUCCUGGUCCCCAAGGUCCUAAAGGUGAUCGCGGUUUGAUGGGUCAACCUGGCAGAGAUGGUCAUGACGGUAUGCCUGGUGUACAAGGUAUUAAGGGUGAUAUGGGUUAUCCCGGUCCUAAGGGUGAAAUGGGUCCUCCUGGCUUCCAAGGACAAAAGGGUGAAAAGGGUGACUUAGGUUUCACUGGUGCUCCUGGUCUACCUGGUCGUGCUGGUAUGAAGGGUGACAUGGGUAUGAGUGGUCUCGAUGGCUUGCCUGGUCCUGUAGGCGCUCCAGGUGAAAAGGGUUACCCUGGUCCUGCCGGUAUUAACGGUCGCGAUGGUAAACCUGGUACUAAGGGUGAUAAGGGUGAACCUGGUAUGGUACCUCCUCCCGGUCCUAAAGGUGAACCUGGUUAUCCUGGUAGAGACGGUCAAAAGGGUGAACGUGGUGCUCCUGGUCCUCGUGGUUUAAUUGGCUUGCAAGGUGAACGUGGUGAAAAGGGUGAUCAAGGUUUAAUUGGUCUUACUGGUCCCACUGGACGUCCCGGUAUGAAGGGUGAUCAAGGUCUUCCUGGUCCUAUGGGUCGCGAAGGUAUUCCCGGUGCCCUCGGUCCUAAGGGUGAACCUGGUGCUCCCUGCACUGCUGCCCAAGAUUAUCUUACCGGCAUUUUAUUGGUCAAACACAGUCAAUCGGAAGAAAUACCACGUUGCGAACCUGGCCACAUUGAAUUGUGGACUGGUUACUCUCUCAUGUACGUCGAUGGUAACGAUUACGCCCACAAUCAAGAUUUGGGUUCUCCUGGUUCUUGUGUACGUCGCUUCUCUACUCUGCCCGUACUCUCUUGCGGUGCCAACAACAUUUGUAACUAUGCCUCCAGAAACGAUAAAUCAUUCUGGUUGACCACAUCUGCACCUUUGCCAAUGAUGCCUGUUCCAGCUCAAGAUGUCAGCAACUACAUUUCUCGUUGUACCGUAUGCGAGGCUCCAUCAAAUGUCAUUUCCAUUCACAGUCAAUCUUUAGACAUUCCAAGCUGUCCAAAUGGUUGGGAAGGUCUCUGGAUCGGUUACAGUUUCAUGAUGCACACUGCCGCAGGUAAUGGAGGUGGUGGUCAAGAUAUGUCCUCACCUGGUUCCUGCUUACAAGAUUUCCGCACCACACCCUUCAUUGAGUGUAACGGCGGCAAAGGUCACUGCCACUUCUACGAGACCAUGUCCAGUUUCUGGAUGGUCACCAUGGAAGAAUACCAACAAUUCCAAAAACCCGCUAUGGAGACCCUUAAGGCUGGCAAUCUGCUACAAAAGGUCUCAAGAUGUCAAGUUUGUAUUAAGAACUCAUCGUAGAGAUUCAAUAAUAACAAAAACAACUAGCAAUUAUAAUACAAACAUCUGUAGUUUUUUUUCUCCACUCCCCCACCAAACUCUCUUCCUAAUUAUUAAUAAAUUUUGUCUUCCUCUCGUGCUCCCUCUCUUUAUAUAUAUACAUACAUGUACAUCUCGUUUAAACCUCCCAGUGUUUUUAAAAGUCCCAGUUAAUGUAUCUUAAUUCUUGUACUGCACACCAGUUGAAUGUUCAAUUUAAACCGUUUCCUUAAAUAUACAUAUGUAAAACUAAAUAAAUAUAAAGUGAAGAAGAGAAGAAAUUUAAUUAAAUGCAAGAAACAAAAUAAGAAAUAAUUAAUGUUUUAUAAUAAUAUUUACGUAUAAAUAAUAAUAAUUAAUAUUCUUAUAAAUAUUAAGUAAACGAAUACCAAAAAAUAAUUAAAAUUUGCUUAUUUCCAAGCAUUUUUUUUUAAUAAAACCAAAAUAUGAGAAAUAAAAAGAAAAUUUAAUCGAACAACAACAACAUUCUCUUAUCUGCCAUUUAAACGAAUUUAUGAAAUUCUUUUUUUAAAUAUGUUUUUUGUAAUAAAUCUAAUGUUUAGUGUUUAAACUUAAGUAACAAAAAGAAAAAUAUACAAUAAAUAAUAAUAAAAAAUUAAAA